GAUGAUAAUGCCUGCGAUAAAAUGAACAAACCAUGUUUAACAGCAGUACGAAGUUGAGGCCUCAGUCCCGUUUAGAUCUAAAAUGGUUAAAGACCGAUUUACAAGGGGCUUUCAAUUCUCCUGACGGUAUAGAUAAUUUGUGGAAUGGUUUGGUGCACGAUGGCGAGAUUGUUGGAAGUUUUUCCGAAGAGAUCAUUAAUGCGGCCGGUAUUUCGUCGCGUAAAGCGGAAUUUGGAAAAUAUUACUGCGGCGUAAAGGUGUUAACAUGCACUUGCUGUGACGGUAUUUGCGGACCCUAUGCCGGUUGUAACUGUACUCCUUGCCAAAAAAUAGAUGCGGAAGAAGCCGAACAAAAGCAGUUAGAAAAAGACACAUUUUUACAUCCGAGUUUAAUAUUAGAAUCUUGGACGUGGGGUCCUCAACCAAAACAUGAACAAUUGGCUACUUUUAUAACUAGCUUAAAUUAUCAGCAGCAGAAACUCUGCCUGGAGGCUGCUAGUACGUCUACUUCAACAAUCAGACUUCAGCAACGUUUAACCGUUUUCAAAAGAUACUUCAUCGCAUUAAAUCGUUUCUGCAUUGACCAAACUAAUACGGCAAAAAGUGAGGCGAUUCAUGGAAAGAUCAUUAACAAGAAUAACAGAAUUAAGUCGACUUCGUCUUUUACUAAUCCAGUUAUUGGGCUUGCACAGGUUGGCUCUAGGGCCGCACUAAAUUUCUCAUUUGCUUUUCUGCGUAAGGCAUGGAGAUUAGGUGAAGACACGGAUUUGUGUAAUGAACUGUUAACUGAAGCUCUGGAUGCGUUGCAGCAGCUACCAAUUGCGACCCUCUUCGAUCAGUCGAACGUCUCGCCAAUAUGGCUGGAAGUGGUGGAACGUUCGGCGAAAUUUUUACGUCAAGUCGUUACUGGAGACAUUACAAGCGGGCGUCAGCAUUGCGAAGUGCCAGUAGAAGAUCAGCACACGUCUCUAAAUUUACUGUUGGAACUGGCAUUACAGAAGGGGACCUUGAGCAGCGUUUUGGAUGUAGUCCUUCUCUUACUAAAUUUAUGGGACAAGGCAACACACUUAGAUGACAAUAGAUCAAUUGUGAAAAAUGCAAGUGCGCCAAUUCUUCCUUUUCUGAAAAGAUUCAUAAGUAUACCUCAAACUACCAGUAAUAACGUUAAGAAGGAUCCAGAGAAAAUUAAUUGCACUGGGAUGUAUCAGAAGAUGCGACACUUGCCAGAAGACGACUCGCUUGAAAUUGAUUUUCGCCAGGCAGCUUUGGUGCUGAUGUGUCAUCUUGAUCAGCUCGCAGCUCCUCAUAUUCCUUCGCAUUCUUUUAAUAAAUCCAUGUUAAACUCGAAUCGACAACAAACUUGGGUAUGGGGCUACUUGGCAUGGCUUGCGGGCGCCGCCGGCCCACAUCUUUGCGAAGUUUUCAUGGAGUUGGGCAUUAAACAACUUUGCUGCUCCGAUCGGACUGUCUUGGUUUUAACAAGAAGCGCAAAAGUGUACGCUAUCUAUUACAAUUUGAAGCUUCCCUGUCCUAAAUAUGUGGAAGGUUUGAAAGACAAGGAAGUUAUUCAAAUAGCCAGCCAUGUCGAAGGAAAACAUUUCCUCGCAUUGACCAAAGAUAAACUGGUAUAUUCGUGGGGAAAUGGAGAUAAUGGUCGCUUAGGGCAUGGUGAUACUCUUCCAAAGGACGAACCCGUGGUGAUUGAAGCACUUGUAGACAAAGACAUAGUUAAUGUUCAAUGUGGAGCGACUUACAGUGCCGCAAUUUCCUCUGAUGGAAUUUUGUACACUUGGGGCCGAGGUAAUUACGGGAGAUUGGGGCAUGGGAAAACGACCGACUGUUUUGUUCCAACUGUUGUGACAGGAUUAAGUGGACAGCGUGUCGUUCAAGUUGCUUGCGGAUCUGGUGAUUCGCAUACUCUUUGUAUUACAAGCGAAGGUGGCGUUUACAGCUGGGGUGAUGGAGAUUAUGGAAAGUUAGGUCGUGGCGGAUCCGAUGGAUCAAAUGUUCCACUGCUAAUUGAUGAGUUCCAAGGGAUCGAAAUCACAAAAGUAUAUUGCGGACCACAGUUUAGUAUAGCUCUUUCGAAAGAUGGACGCGUGUUUAGUUGGGGUAAAGGAGAAGGUUGGAGGUUAGGCCAUACCACCGAGGAACAUGUCCGUUUUCCGGCUGUCAUCGAAAGUUUGCAAGAUCAACGCAUUGUGUCCAUAAGUUUGGGUUCAAGUCACACUUUGGCAUUAACUGACCGAGGUGAGGUGUACGGCUGGGGUAAAAAUGAAUAUAAGCAGAUAUCGGACUCUGCCGAUCUUUACAUUCAACAGCCAUUGUUAGUAGAGCAGUUGCAAGGUCAUGGAAUAGUAGGCGUUUGCUGUGGUCCUACGCAAAGUUUUGUGUGGUCUGAUCAUAAUGCGUUUACGUGCGACAUACAUGUUCCUUUCGUCAUCGACUUGAGUGAGCAAACUUUUAGGUUAAUCGAUCAACUUUUGUUGGCGGUUUUGGAAAAUGGUAAGCAGCUCUCUAACUAUCCCCCCAGUCAGUAUAAGGAAUGUAUUACUGUUUCCGUUUUGAAUUUACUGCAAUUGCAGCUGCACUGCAUAAUCAGUAAUAAUGUGGACAGUCGAGGAUUGGGGUUGUGUAUCGGUAGCAAGCUGCUCAUGAGUCUAAAAUCUAAAGUUGUUCAUUUGGCAAGCGCAUCAGGUGUUCUAUCUACUAUACAAGCUGCAGCUCAAUCGGCUUUGCAAACUGGUUGGAGCGUAUUACUCCCAACUGCCAACGAAAGAGCUCACACUCUUAGUUCUUUGUUGCCCAGUUCAAGUAAGGGAUUUCGAAUUGGUACCCAAUUUACCAUUCUGAGUUUAGAUCUAGAUUCAACCGUGAUCAGUUGCGGCCACCGUUUUAUGACGGACCUACUCGUUUGGAGCUUAAUGGCAGAUGGAGGUUUGGAGAUAGCACUCACUGAAGCACUUGAUACGGAAAUGAGUGAAUUGGCCGAAUCAGAGGAACAUAUGCAUGUUCCGACAUCACACACUACUAUACCGCUGCUACAUUUGGUUAAGCAAUUACUCAAAAAUAUCAGUUCACUCACUUUGUUACGGUUACAAGAGUUCAGUGCGUCCGGCAAAUUAUUAGUGCAAAAAAAUACGCUAACGCCAAGUUUAAAUUUGUUACUAAAAUUUCAAAGGUUAUUAGUCGCCAAGCUUUAUACUAAAGAUGACGCUUCCAUGCAAGCAGCCGAGGUUUUACUGCAAAAAUACUUGUACCAUUUGAUUCCUCAUGUGAUCGACACGAUUAAUCACGCUUAUGAGGUUGCUGCAACCAGCUCCAAGCAUUUUUUGCAUGUGCUGGAGAUUCUCAAGCUUGAUAUUGUUGAUAUACUACUGCCUGAAGUGAUUGUAAGUCUCAUAUUACUACAGAAGGAAAUAAAAUUAUUUUUACUGCCAAUGGAUUGGUUGCGAGUGUUUGACGAACUUCUUCUCUCUCUGGAUAAGUUUUGUCGUUUAACGCCAGAUAUUGACGCUACAGAUUCCGACGACAUAGCAUGGCCUGGUAUACUUCAAACACGGAGUAACCAUCACCUACACAAAUACCACGAAGACUUACCAUUGAUACGUAAAGCAGACUUAGAGAACCAUAACUUAGAUGGCGGCUUGUGGGUGGUUAUUAAUAACAAAGUCUACGACGUACAGGAUUACAGAAGCGAAAAUCCCACUAUUAUGGAGUUGUUGCAAAAAUAUUCCGGAAAAGAUGCAACUGUAAUUUUUAGCAGCUCAUCUCACGGUUUGGCAACACUGCAGACCAUGGACGCUUACAUCGUCGGCAAUUAUUGCCAACCUGAGCCGGACAUAUCCCACAUCCCACUUAAUUGUCUCAACGUUGCGAAUACUCUACUCGAUACCGAACGCCACUUAGCUUUUUUGCUGGGUCUACACGCUUUUCACAUUCGACAGGGUUUGCCGUUACAGCAGCCUGAGCUCUCAUCGAAAAGUUGGACUAAUCUAUCUUUUCUCAGUGGCGGUCUACAGGUUAUUCAGCCACCAAAUCCGUACGAAGAGGAAAAAGGUGAAGCGCGCAGUACUAAUUCCACUGCCGAUAACACACCGACCGAACCUAAAAUGAACAUCUCACAAAAACCUAUAAAAUAUUGGCAGCUGGGAAGAGAACGUAUUAACUCGUUCAUUAGCGCUCUCGCCGAAAGUCAUCUGUCGGAUUCGUAUGUUAUUGCAUUCCUGGCUAUAGUAGAGCAGCAUUCUAAGCAAAAUAAUUUUUUAACUCGCGUAGACUUUUCUUUCGAGCAUCCAGUGGAGGAAAUCGGUAGGGUUUUGUAUGCAGUUAUUUUAAAACAUUUAGGACUCGGACAUAUCUUGUUGCCAAUAUUAGAUGCAUACUUAGCUCAACCCACCAUCAAACUACCAAAAUCGUUAGCGGAAAUGAUUAAGCAAGUGCAUACUGCCAAAUGGAAUCUCAUCAAAACAAGACAAGAAUUAAAUCGUAGUUACAAGGAAGUCUGUAUUCCUGUAUUAGAGAAAUGCAGAUUUUUGUUAUAUGAAGUAAAACCGACGAUUAGUCCAGAAAUGGAAGCAUUUAAGAAAGUGAACGUCCUUUACAAAGAACCGCGAGUAAAAACAUUAAUCAAGAAAGUAAUUAAAGAUUUAAAAUGCGGUCGACACACAUCCGACAUACAAAAACCCGAAGACAUAGUCAACGCCACAAUACAAUCUCAAAGUAUUGAAAGACACAGAUCGGUGGACGAUAUUGUCAAAAUAAAACAGGGUUCGUCCGACGGGAAAAUGUCCGAGAGCAAGAGCGAAACGGAUGAUGUUAACAAUGAAAUUAAAAAUGGCGGCGAGAAAUCUAACGUGGAAAGUAAAACCGAUUCCUACAUUACAAACGCUAGCAGACAUAACAACGAGCAACGAGCGCCGAAUAAUUGCACAAACCUCAAGACGGAAUUGGAGGAGAAACUGAACUCUGAAAAGCUCGCUAACGAAAUAAAAGCGGAACAGAGCGAAGAAGACAAGCAAAAAAAGAUCGAAUACGAGAUUACUUUAAAUAAUUUACUGAGUAAAAUCACGGAGAAAAAAAUGCGAAAAGUCUGUGGGGAGAAUUUGGGUUUGAUUAGCUCGAUUUUGGAAUUUGUUACGCAAGACAACGGGUGUGAUAUCGACGUCUUACGUAAGGCGAUGUAUUGUCAGAUUAAGCGCGCCAAAAUUCGUAUGGAAGGUUUAAAUAUGAUUAAACAUUUACUUAACGAAUCCUACCUUCUUCCCUCAGUCAAGUAUUGCAUAUUAAAUGGAUACUUGGGAUUAACCGACGAUUAUAGGAUUAACUUCAAAAGUUACCACUGCUUAGAUAACGUGCAACUAAUUACCCCGAGUUUGAAAACAGGUUUAUUGUUAGCGCAAAUGUCGGUGACGGAGUGGUGUAUCACAUCGCUUCGUGUUCAACUUAUGAAAGACCUACCGGCGAGGUCGCAUAAGUUAAAAAUGCAUAACGCAAAAGUCAACUUGAACAUUGGAACUUACACGCUUCUUCGUGACAUUUCAAGGGCCCGAUUGCUAUUAGCCCUACUGGGCAUUCUGGGCUCACAUCGCUACGUUGGUGUUGAAUUAAGUCCCCUAAUUAACAGUGGCGUUAUAAGUUCAGUAUUAUCGUUGCUACGACAAACUGGCUACGAUCAAACUAUUCUAAGAAAGGCCACCGAAUGUUACGUACUGUACGCCGACAUGCUAGACACUUCCAAACCCAAAAAAACCAUGCUCUCCGGUCCAGAACUGGCCAACCUCAUGAAAUUGGGCACACGUGUCGUUCGCGGCGCGGAUUGGAAGUGGGGGGAUCAGGACGGUUCUCCGCCAGGUGAAGGACGAAUCAUUGGUGAAUUGGGUGAAGAUGGUUGGAUAAGGGUGGAAUGGGCGAAUGGUACUACUAAUAGUUAUCGAAUGGGGAAGGAGGGCCGAUAUGAUCUUGCUCUUGCCUCGCCUCCAUCACCAAUUUCAUCGGAUAAUACCGAAACUGAUGAACAGACAGAUGGAGCGGCUUUUAACUUUUCCAAAGAUAACGAGUUUAUAAUACUCUUAAGAGAAGCGAGUAUUAACUUCCUGAGAGUGAUUGGAGCGAGUGCCGGUUUGGCGAGGGAUGAUCUCCGUGCGGGAACAAUUCACGGCUUAAGUAGCUUAUUCUGCAAUACGAUCAAGUCGGGCAAUCAAGACUGGUGCAAUUUAAAUUUAGUUCGAAGUAUAGCGCAGACCCAACAGUUAUGCCGGGCAUUCAGUACAAAACCAUGGGUCGAUAUGCUAUUAAAUUUUGUGAAUCCAAUUACCACUCACGGAGGAAAUGAAAUGAAUCUACCCAAGCAGAUACUUUCGUUGCGGCUGUUAAAAAUAGUGCUACAGUCGUGGGACAUGGAUAAUCCAGACAUACAGCCAUUGCUGGAGAGAUUACUGUACAUCUUGGGAAAAAUCUCACUGACAUGCUGCUACGAUAUUGGCAACAAACCAUUACCUGAAUCAAAAAGCCUGGUACUACUAACGCAAUCCCACAGCAAUAUUUUAUCACAGGAAAUAAUCAACUUAUUGCGCACCUUGCAUGGCAUUGUUGGUUGGAAUCAAGUAUUAAACUCGAUCUUGGUGCAAAAGUUAAACAUGGCGGCUUACUUUUUAAGUGACCGGUACACGGCAGUAGAUAGCACCGUUUCCGACCAACAGUUUUUAGUAACCGCCUCUCUCAUUGUUUUUGGGGCGUGCGAUGUCCGUCCCAGAACGGGAGCAAUAGUGGAGUUGGAGUUGGGUUGUGGAACAAUCGCAAGAGUAACCCAAAAAGGGAAAUUUUGUGUUCAAAUUCAUUCCACCGGCGAAAUAAAAAAGAUUAGUUUGUCCAAUUUGAAACUUAUAUUUGAUCCUCCGUUUAAUCUGGAACGAAUACCCCUAAGUGAAAAUCUCAUAAAAAUUUGGGCGAUCUUAAUGCUUAAUAAACCUAAUGUCUCUUCCAGUUACGAACGAAAAAGCCUACACGGUCAGGUCGAUGUGGCAUACUUACGAAUGCAGCAAAACAUAUUAAACGCAAUUAAUGCCACGCAAAUUUUACAUUGCAAUCAGUACAAAUUACGUAAAAUACUGAAGUAUCAAGUCAAUUCUCUCGAACAAUCUCAGGAACAACAAUCCAUCGAAGAAGAGCUUAAUCAACCUCCUGUUUUAUUAAUACAAAAGCUGUUAUCACGGGCUAUUCAACCGAGCCCUCUAAAACCUGGGUUUGGUCUACAGGAAAUGCACCUGGCCGCCCUCAACUUAAGUCAAUACUUGGCGACCGAAUGUAACUUUGAACAGCCACUACCCGAAGUUAGCAGUGACAAAAAUAAUGAUAAAAUGAUCGUAAAGCAACCAGUCGAAAAAGAGGCUAACGCCGAAUUGGCUACUCCAACCAGUGAGUGUUCAUUUAAAUCUCUUGUAAACGAAAAGAAAAAAAAGAAGGGGGAGAAUAGCCAGAGCGCGUCCAGUCCGCUUGUAACCCAAAUUACCGAAAUGGGUUUUAGUAAACGACGUGUAGAAAAUGCGAUUAAAUCCAUCGGGAUCAUUCCAGAAACGUUACUUACACCCGAAUCUGUAGUUUCCUGGUUGGUUGAACAUCCAGAUACAACUGUUUCGGACACUGAGUCCCUAAGUUCGUAUUGUGGUUCCGAUAGUGAAUCUACCUCUGAUCAAAAUGAGAUGACGCCACAUUCGUUGGAUGAAUAUAAUGGAGACAAUUUAGUGUGUUCGGUCAGUUAUAUGCAACGUUCAGAUUUUUUAUCAAAUGAUGAGUAUGCCAUGUAUAUUCGUGACAAUAUAGAAGUGGGGAUGUUGGUUAGAUGCUGCAAGAGCUACGAGGAAGUUCACAUUGGUGACAUUGGGAAGGUGAUAAAGAUCGAUCGAGAGGGGUUACACGAUUUAAAUGUUCAGGUUAAUUGGCAACAUCGCGUUAGUACAUAUUGGGUUAGGUUUAUCCAUGUGGAAUUACUUGGAUUUCCACCGUCAUUACCAGUACCCGCCAGUAUUAAAGUUGGUGAUAAAGUUCGUGUUAAACCAACAGUUACUACGCCACGUUAUAAAUGGGGAUAUGUUACACAUGAUAGUGUCGGUAUUGUGACAUCGAUUUCACCCAACGGGCAUGACGUUACAGUCGAUUUCCCAAAGCAGUUAAACUGGACGGGAUUAAUCUCUGAAAUGGAAAUUGUACCGUGCACUCACGAAGGCGUUAUUUGUAACGGUUGCGGUUUAACGCCAAUCAAAGGUGUACGUUUUAAAUGUAAAGUGUGCAAUAACUUCGACUUCUGUGAGAACUGCUUUUAUACGAAGAAGAAUCACAGGCACUCCUUUAAUAGAAUUUUGGAGCCUGAUGCACCUCACGUUUACGCGGGGAAGCCCGGACGAUACUUUCGUAACGAUUGCCUAGAAGCUCAAAGUUUAAUUACGGAAUGGAGCAGGUGUGUACGCAAUAUAACUGUUUCGUCACGUGAGCACACCGCACGCUUUGAUAUACCAGAUGGUUUAUGGCAAAGUUGCGGUACGCAAGGCAAGCAUUGGAUUCGCUUGGAUAUGUAUUCUGAUGUUGUAAUCAAGAGCUUGAAGCUGAUUGUUGAUCCUAGCGACAACAGUUACAUGCCAUCGGUUAUCGUCGUUAGUGGUGGUAGUGCUGUAAGUUCUCUGUCUGAAAUCACAGUUGUGAAUGUGAAAGCUACAGACAGUACUGUAACAUUAUUGACUGAUGUUGAUCAGCAUUAUCCUCUAAUUGAAAUUGCAAUUAUAAAAUGUCGAAAUGGCGGUAUCGACUGUAAAAUUCACGGAUUGUCAAUUACCGGCAUGAAAACGCAAAGCCACAAUACACUGAAAGCUUCAGUCUCCUUCUUAGCAAAUGAUUGGGACUUGAAUUAUGAGCAAACCGGGGUUCCAUACAUCGCUCAAGAGGAACGUUCCGCCAAAGGUCUAGAAUACACCAAAUCGACGUCAACAUGUCGCGUUUUUGUAUGGGGCUUAAACGAUAAGGAUCAGCUCGGAGGAAUGAAAGGUUCCAAAGUGAAGCUUCCCGUACAGUCUGAUUUUUUAAGUCAACUACGACCAAUUCAUAUCGCAGGGGGAUCAAAAUCUUUAUUUAUUGUGUCACAGGAUGGGAAGUUAUACGCUUGUGGGGAAGGUACAAAUGGAAGACUGGGUUUAGGACAUAAUAACAACGUGUGUUUCCCGAGACAAAUUCCGUUUCUUAGUCAAUAUGUGAUUAAAAAAGUCGCCGUGCAUUCGGGAGGAAAACACGCGCUUGGUCUCACACUCGAUGGAAAGGUAUUUUCGUGGGGCGAAGGAGACGAUGGAAAGUUGGGCCAUGGAAAUCGUUUAAAUCUGGACAAACCCAAGAUUAUAGACGCUUUGAGAAGUAAGCGAGUGAGAGAUAUCGCUUGCGGCAGUAGUCAUUCUGCGGCCCUAACGAGUAGUGGGGAGUUAUAUACGUGGGGACUUGGAGAAUAUGGUCGAUUGGGCCAUGGUGAUAAUAUAACACAACUGAAACCGAAACAGGUUAAAGCACUUAUUGGUCAUCGUAUUAUACAAGUGGCGUGUGGUAGCCGCGAUGCCCAAACACUAGCGCUUUCGGAUGAAGGUUUGGUUUUCUCAUGGGGUGAUGGCGAUUUUGGCAAAUUAGGGCGCGGAGGUUCUGAAGGAUGCAGCAUUCCGCAUAACAUUGAGCGAUUAAAUUCGUUGGGUGUAAUUCAAGUUGAGUGUGGUGCUCAAUUUUCACUUGCACUUACUAAACACGGCGAAGUUUGGACAUGGGGAAAGGGUGACUAUUUUAGAUUGGGUCACGGGUCUGAUCAACAUAUUCGUAAGCCGACAAUGAUUGAAAGUUUACGCGAUAAAAAAAUCGAACAAAUCGCUGUCGGCGCUCUUCAUUGUUUGGGUGUCACCGAUACUGGACAGGUGUAUGCGUGGGGUGAUAAUGAUCACGGGCAACAAGGUAACGGGACAACAAUAGUGAACCGUAAGCCCGCACUAGUACAUGGUUUGGAGGAUGUCUUUAUAAAUCGGGUUGCAUGCGGAAGUUCACACUCAGUGGCUUGGGUGCUCCAAAAUGCGCCGGUUGUUUCUAAGCACGAGCCCGUUAUUUUUCCUGUGGCCAAAGAUCCACUUGGGUCUUCCAUUCUAGGCCUAUAUGAUAAUGAAAAGCCAUCAAAGGAGGAUUCCAACAUAAAAGAUGGACCAUCUCUAAGCAACAUUGUCAUGUCACUGGAUAGCAGUACAUCAAAACAACAGGCAUUACAACACAUCUUGAAUGCAAUGCAUAUCCAACAACUGCGACAAAGCAUCAUAAGAGCCCUGUGUAGCCACACCAACUUCACACUCACAACUGCAAACAAAGCAAGUACUGGAAGUUCAGACACACCGCCCGACAGUAUUAUGAACUCUUCCAAUACGACAUAUGUACCUCGACCAAAGGAUGUGGAAUUGAUUUGCGGUGCAGGUGAAGCCCCAGUGUCGCUUGCCGAUAUAGGUGAUAUUAAUAGUCACCAAACAACUCCGGAAAGUGAUGAAAACCCGUUAGCAUUGCUACAGUCGAUGACUGCUAGUAGUUGUUCCGCUAGUCUGUCUUCUAAGCAAUCCAGAAUGUCCACCAGCGCCAUGUCGGUAAUUGCCGCCACUCUUACUUCACAUACAGAGGUUGUUGGGGAUGGAGCCAUAGGAGGUUUGGACGAGUUUACUUCGUUACUUACUGAAAGCGACGCUCGCCUUCUUGUCGAUCUGCUGAAACUUGCAGUUGCAAAUCGCAUUGAGGAUUCGGAAGCGAAACAAAUUAUAUCCUCAGUUCUAAUAACAAUGGGCUGUGCAACUCCUAGCAUUGGAUCAAUGCUGCUAGAAAUUUGCGUGACCGAACUAGAAGACACCGCCAAUAACACUCACACUUUAUCAUUGAUUCCCCAUCCGGUCGUGCAGGAGUCAAGUCAUCCCUACGUUGACGAUGUUACACUUAGAGGUCCAAAAGUGUGCGAAUUUUUCAAGCGAUUGCAAUCUUUUAUUUUAGGCCAUGUCCGUUUACCCGGCGCCGACGCUUUGAGAGUCGAGUUCGACCAAAGGUGUUCGACUGAAAGAAGACACGAUCCGCUUCAAAUUACAGAUAGUACUGGAAGGGUGGUUGCAACGCGUUCAGGUCGGGACUGGGCGGAUUGGUCUUCCGAACUACGUCUUCCUGGAGACGAGUUGCACUGGUCGUUUACUAGUGACAGUUCGGUGAACGGAUGGGGUUGGAAAUUCACAGUCUAUCCUGUGAUGUCGAACCAAAGCCCAAAAGAAUUGGGAUCUGACCGCGCCGUACUCAGUCAGCCAUCUAUGGACAUGGUUAUUUGCCUCUUGGACUCCCAACUGUAUACUUCGGCUGAUAGUGCUUUAAUGUCACGGUUGGCAGCUGCUCUUGCCACUUGUUCACAAAUAAGCUUCCUAACAUCAUCGCAAAGAAUGUGGUCUCUGCAACGGCUCCACUGGUUAUUGACACCCGGACACGAUAAAAAAUCCGGAAUAGGCUUUCAUUUGCAGCAACUACGUGCGCCUGAUGGUGCACUACGAAACUUACUCGAAGAAUUACCACAAGCAUUAUUACGGCAGUAUGAAUAUGAGGAGGUUUCAGUACGUGCAGGAUUGCAUCUCAUGCAUUCGGAUUUUUUUAAGGUGUUAAUUGCAUUGGCGUGUGACUUGGAGUUGGACAAAAUAGUAGGCAUUGUUGAUAAUCACAAGUGGUCCUGGUUUAGAAGGUACUGCCACGCUGCCAGGGUUGCCAAGGCGUUAAUACAUCGAAGUGCUUUACCUCAGAAUUUUUGCCAGGAAGUUAGAAAAAAGCUAGCUGCUAUUACGCCCGAUGGUACCACCGAGGUAUGGGAGCACGAAAAGCACGAUCUGUUCAAACGGGAACAGGAUGAGCAGCUGCUGGUUUGGCUGAACAGACGCCCAGAAGAUUGGACGCUGUCGUGGGGAGGCUCGGGAACUAUAUACGGUUGGGGUCAUAACCAUCGUGGUCAGUUGGGUGGUAUUGAAGGGGGUAAAGUAAAAGUUCCCACGGUGUGUGAGGCUUUAUCCAGCUUGCGACCCGUUCAAAUUGUUGGCGGGGAGCAAACACUAACCGCUGUUACAGCAGAUGGAAAAGUGUAUGCAACCGGUUAUGGAGCCGGUGGUCGUUUGGGAAUUGGAGGAACUGAUUCCGUAUCAGUCCCUACUUUGGUUGAGCCGAUACAGCACAUUUUUAUUAAGAAAGUUGCAGUGAAUUCCGGUGGUAAACAUUGUUUAGCAUUGACCGCUGAUAAUGAUGUUUAUUCUUGGGGUGAAGGAGACGAUGGCAAGUUAGGUCAUGGCAGCAGAAAUGGAUGUGAACGUCCGAAAGUUGUAGAGGCACUGCAAGGUUAUGAAAUUAUUGAUAUUGCAUGUGGUGGAGCUCAUUCUGCAGCUAUUACAAGCUCUGGACAGCUAUUUACAUGGGGUAAAGGACGGUAUGGCAGAUUAGGUCAUGGCGAUAGCGAAGAUCAAUUAAAACCCAAGCUUAUUGAAGCAUUGCUGGGAUAUCGAGUUACAGACGUUGCGUGCGGUUCUGGAGAUGCGCAAACGUUGUGUAUCACAGACGACGAUAAUGUGUGGUCUUGGGGAGACGGUGACUACGGUAAAUUAGGUCGUGGUGGUUCAGACGGUUGCAAAGUUCCCAUGAAAAUUGAAAGUCUAGCGGGCUUAGGAGUUAUCAAGGUCGAGUGUGGUUCGCAAUUUUCAGUUGCUUUAACUCGUUCCGGUAGUAUUUACACUUGGGGAAAGGGUGAUUAUCAUAGACUCGGACAUGGAACCGAUGAUCACGUGAGAAGACCUAAGAAGGUGGCUGCCUUGCAAGGCAAGCGAAUAAUUAGUAUCGCAACAGGGUCUUUGCAUUGUGUGGCUUGCUCGGAUGAAGGAGAAGUAUUCACUUGGGGUGACAAUGAUGAAGGACAACUGGGAGAUGGCACUACAAAUGCAAUUCAGCGUCCUCGUUUGGUUACGGUCUUGCAAGGAAAGAAAAUAACCAAUGUUGCCUGUGGUUCCGCACACACUUUAGCUUGGUCGAUAAACAACGCGAACUCGUGCUCUCAUCUGCCCGCGCAAGCGCCACUUGAGUAUGACUUACUGCGCGACGUAUCCAUGCUUGUACUACAUCGACGAUUGAUUUUGCUUCAUCACUUUGCCGAAUUAAUAUGUCCGUGCAUUGCCAUGUUUCCAAUUACGGGCGCCGGAUCUCUUUCAGAAUUACGCAACAUACUUGUCUAUUCCAUCAAAGAAGCCACAUUCCGAAAGGUCAUCCAAUCAACAAUGGUUCGUGAUAAACAGCAUGGACCCGUUAUUGAAUUAAACAGAAUACAAGUCAAACGGGCUCGAAAAGGAGGCGGUUUGGCCGGCAUCGAUGGGAUGAAGUCUGUAUUUGGACAGAUGGUUUCAAAAUUACCAUUGCUUACCUCGGAAGCACUGGCCUUACCUCAUCGUGUGUGGAAAGUUAAAUUUAUCGGUGAAAGUGUGGAUGACUGUGGCGGGGGUUACAGUGAAAGUAUUGCCGAAAUGUGUGACGAACUACAAAAUGGUUCACUUCCGUUAUUAAUUCCCACACCAAACGGUCGAGACGAGGCGGGCACUAAUCGUGACUGCUUUUUACUAAAUCCCACUGCUAAAACAUGUCUGCACCUGAACAUGUUUCGAUUUCUAGGAGUGUUAAUGGGUAUUGCCAUUCGGACCGGAUCACCAUUAAGCAUCAACUUGGCAGAACCGAUGUGGAAACUUUUAGCAGGAAUGGAAUUGACCCCCGGCGAUUUAACCGAAAUGGAUAGAGAUUAUGUGCCGGGAUUGUUAUGCAUUCGUGACAUGACAUCGGACGAACGUCUUUUUCAAAAUUUGGAAAUGCCAUUCUCUACACCCUCUUCGUGCGGUACAGACGUUCCUCUUAGUUCUAAGUACAAGAGGAUCACUCACGAAAAUCGAUUGGAAUAUGUCCGUCUCGCUUUGAAUUUCAGAUUGCACGAAUUUGACGAACAGGUAAAAGCGGUACGUGACGGUUUAUCUCGUGUCAUUCCUGUUCCACUAUUGUCAUUGUUUAAUGCCUAUGAAUUAGAAACGAUGGUGUGUGGUUCACCCGACAUACCACUUGCUUUAUUAAAGUCAGUUGCCACAUAUAAAGGCGUAGAUAGUAGCGCCCCCUUAGUGCAAUGGUUUUGGGAAGUUAUGGAAGAAUUUUCUAACCAAGAAAGAUCUUUAUUUCUAAGAUUCGUCUGGGGACGUACUCGUUUACCGCGCACUAUUGCCGAUUUUAGGGGCCGCGAUUUUGUUAUUCAAGUAUUGGAUAAGUAUAGCCCGCCCGAUCAUUUCCUACCCGAAAGCUACACUUGCUUUUUUCUGUUAAAGAUGCCUAGAUAUUCUUGCAAAAUUGUACUGCAAGAAAAAUUGAAAUAUGCCAUCCAUUUUUGCAAAUCGAUCGAUACCGAUGAGUACGCAAGAGUGGCAAUGGCCGGUGAUAUUGCUGUUAGUUCAAGCUCUGAUGCUGAAAGUGAUCCGGAAAUGGAUAGCAUUGCUAGUCACGAACCGUUAUAAUUUGCCGUCCAGAUUAUCUUCUCAUUUAUUUAUUUUUAUAUAAUGUACAUAUUUAUGUUAUGCCAAUUUAUUUCAGUGCAACUUCAAGUCAAUUUUGAUAGUAAAUUCAUAUUUAACAAAAUAUUCUUUUUUUUUAAAUUU